CUGACGACUGCGCACACACAAUUCGUUCCACGAUUCGAUCAUCUACAUCGCAAGAAUAUCUUGAAAUUAAAAAUCACAGAUCAUCGACAAUCUUCCUUCGCGCUUCGGCUCGGGUUGCGGAGCGGUAACUGCUGACACGACGAAGUUCCCCAUCGUAGACAACACCGUCAUAUCUACUAUUACACUAGGAAACGAGAAAGAGAGAGAAAGAGAGAGAGAGAGGAGAGUGGGUGAGAGAGAGUGAGAGAGGUGUCAGUCGCGAGAUAAACGCGCAUCAGGUAGGAUACUUGGAAGGAGGAAUAAAAGGAAAAGAAGAAACUCGGACAAUCGAGAUAAGAAAGAGUAAAAGGGUGGUUUAGGUCGAUCGAUAAUGAGCUUAAGGUGGAUCCACGAGAAUUUGAAAGCUCCGACCUGCGACGAGGAAUGCAGUGACAUUGACGACAGUUGCAGUGACGACAGUUACGACACAGAUCUGUCGUUUUGUAAAAAGGAAUCAUCCUCCACUUCCACCACCACCACCACCACCACCAUCAACACCACCACCUCCUCCUCAACAAAAAUCGAGGACGAGAAAAAGGGAUUGAACGGUGAUUCUCGUAAGCACAAACUAGAAACGAGGAAACAUCAGAACACUAUAGUUACCUACGAUGAAAACAGUCAACCACGAUACGAGACGUCCGAAGUUACUUACACCCUUUCACCCUACGUAAUAUGGGAUCCACGGCAACCGGCGGAAAACCCAAUUUAUAAUUCCCUCGUCAUAAAACUUUACUGUCGUACCGGUUAUCAUCUCGGAAUAACGUCUACUGGCAAAAUUCGAGGCUUGUCAGGAACAAACGAGAGACAUGCUCUUUUACACGUAACACCAGUCUCUUUCGGAGUCGUACGAAUACAAGGUGUCGAGACCAAACUAUAUCUUGCAUUCAAUAAAAAGGGCUACUUGUAUGGAGAGUCCAAUAUGAACAAGGACAAUACUGAAUGGGAACAAUGGUCUGUUGGAUCUUACGAUGCAUUUCGAUCACGUAAAUACGUACAUCCCGGUUGGUGGAUUGGUAUUAAAAAAAACGGACGUGCAAAAUCCGGUCCAAGAACGGUUUGGGGACAAAAGGCUAUACAAUUUUUAGCGAUAAGACAAGAUUAACAAGAUUAAACGUGGGAAAUGAUGUUUCUUUUUUGUAUCAACAUUUAUGCUUUGAAUUUAGAUACGCAAAGGAAUUUAACAAAAUCGCUAACAAAGAUGAAGAGAAUAUAAGAAUUACAAAAGAAAUACAAAAAACAGAACUAAGAAAAUUGUACGCUCAGCAUAAUCCAAUAGAAUAUAAUGUUUAUUAUAACACUGUGUUACUCAACAAUGGAAUAGUUUGAGAUUGUGCAUUUUGCUUGUGCCCUCGAACUGAAACUUUCUCACAAGUCGCAGUUGUAAUUCGCGGUACGCUCUGAUUAUUAACAUUCAUAAUAAUUAUUCUGCUGCGAACAUGGUGCAACAGAUCAAAAAUAUUCGUGAAAAUACGAUCGAAAUAUAUUCUACAUGCUCUGCUUACAGCAGAGAAAUUCUAAACAUCGAUUUCUUACUUACUCGAUAAUUCUGAUCGUAGUAUGUGUAUGUAUGUAUGUAUGUAUUUAAGUACAAUAUGUAAUUAAUUGUGUGUAUAAUGUGUGCACAUGGGAGCACACAUAUGUGUAUAUGUAUAUUAUAUAAUAAUAUUUUAUAUAAUUGGUUUUAUCUUCUUUGUACAUCUACAUACAUUGCAUACAUAUGUUAUUAGAACUCUUAAGCAAAAGCUUAACGUAUAAAACGACUUGUUGUCUUAAUAAAGUUUUGUUAUUAAUAGAAAGAGAUUUAGAUUUGAAAGACCUAAUGUGAAAAUAUGCUGACCAGAUAAAGAAGCCCUUAAGAAUAACGUUCGUUAACAAUAAUUAAAGUAAGGCUUAUAUUAUUUCUUUAUCUUAUAUGUGAAUUAUAGAAAACAAAAAAUUUAAUUAUAUUCUUUGGUAAUCGAUGAUCAAUGUAAAAAUGUAUUAAGUUCCUAACUAUAAGCCUCUGCCAUUACUUAAAAGCAAUAAAAA